UGUUAUAUCCUACCAGCUCUUCGCCUCUUUGUUUCUUCAUAUUAUUUCAUCCAAGGUUUAAUUUUCAGGUACCUUGACCGCCGCAAGAGGCUAAUAAUUGCUAUGGAUGCUGCAUUUGGGAUGGAAUAUUUGCAUUCAAAGAAUAUUGUGCAUUUUGAUUUGAAGUGUGAUAAUUUACUAGUCAACUUGAAAGAUCCCUCCCGACCAAUUUGCAAGGUCGGUGAUUUUGGUUUGUCAAAAAUCAAGAGAAACACCUUGGUAUCUGGUGGCGUGCGGGGAACUCUUCCGUGGAUGGCCCCAGAGCUUCUAAAUGGCGGCAGCAACAAAGUCUCAGAGAAGGUUGAUGUGUUCUCCUUUGGCAUUGUCUUAUGGGAGAUUCUCACAGGAGAGGAACCAUAUGCCAAUAUGCAUUAUGGUGCAAUAAUAGGAGGCAUUGUGAAUAACACAUUGAGGCCAACAAUUCCAAGCUACUGUGAUCCUGAAUGGAGAACAUUAAUGGAACAGUGUUGGGCUCCUAACCCUGCAGUCAGGCCAUCCUUCACCGAAAUAGCUAGCCGCUUGCGUGUAAUGUCAGCAGCAGCUAGCCAAACAAAGGCACAUGCUCAGAAGACAUCGAAGUAAUUGUUUCACAGUUUGUUGCACCUGCACGAUUGAUAUAUAAUAAGUUUAUCGGUAAAUUGUCACACACAAAAUAGCGCGCGAUGGGAGAAAUUAGCUUCCAUAAAUUGUUUUUUUGAUGGAGGAGGUUCUCUCAACAUACUUGUAUUCUUUUCUCCCUUCUCUUUCUUUUCUUUUCUUUUCUCUUCUUUCUUCAUUUGUUUAUUUACCCUUGACUGAACAAAAUUGUCACUGAAUGUUUGAGUAACAAAAGGGUUGCAUCCGAAACCUCUGUUGUUGUUUA